GACUACAAGCUGAUCACAGAGGUCACUCAGAGCGGCGAUGACUUCUCCUGGACCCAGAUCUACCCCACAAACGCCAAGGUCACCAACAAGUUCACCGUUGGCAAGGAGUGCGACAUGGAGACCAUCGGAGGAAAGAAAUUCAAGGCCACAGUGCACAUGGAGGGAGGCAAGCUGAGCGUGACCUUCCCCAACUACCACCACACCUCUGAGAUCAGCGGAGGCAAGCUCGUUGAGACCUCCAAAGCUGGUUCUGUAGUGCUGAAGAGAACCAGCAAGAAGAUCUAA